AUGAGCUUUCCCCACUGUGGUCUCAUAAGAGGUGCUGGUUCGAAUCCCGCUCGUGACACCAACCUCCUUUCAUGCAAUAGCAAGCGCUAUCACUUGAAUCCUGAGCAUGGAAAAAGAGCAAGCCAAGACUUUCACAAGAAAGCUGGACUUGACGAAUCUGGCCACACCAACCCUACGGAUCCGUCGGAGCAAGCGGUUAAGGCCAAGGGCAAGAAGAAGAUGACUCCCCGGAAGAGGAUGCAUUCUCGGGUGGCCCUGCCGAGGAUCCUGACGAGGCUGCUGAGAAGUCUGUCCCUUCGCACGACAUCUAUGAAAGCAGCAGUGGGCGAACCGGCGGUGAACAGGAAGAGGGAGGACCACCCGAUCGCUAGGAAGAAGCAAGCCUAUUCCCCUUUAAGGUCAUUGCUCACUAGCUCCUUUCGUCCCUUUCAAGGACCGCUUCUUGCUCUAAAUGAAGAAAGACUUGUUGGAAAUCACCGGGAAAACGCACUCGAAAUCCUUAGGACAACCGGAUUGGUUGAAGGUUACGUUCCGCACCAGUCAUCUUAA